AUGAGGGCACCACCACCAAAUGCAAUCAAGCUCGACGGUCAAAUGCAGCUGCUGCCGGAGCCACCCGCGGAGCCAUCCCACUCCACUCGUCACUCCGUCCAGACGCUCCUGGUGCUGCUGGCGGCAAUCACCAUUUUAGGUGUCAUUGCUCGAGUUUUUGCUCGCCUCUGCGAUGGAGGAACCGACGACAUUGAAGGUUGGGUUCAAACAAGGUGCAACAGCUGCAUUGACGGCAGCAGCCUCCCUGCUCCGCCGUCGGAAGUGGCGGAGGAGGAGAAGAAGUGA